AAGUGUCGAUGCGUCUUUUCGUCGUGUUGUGUGCUUAAAUCUGUUUUUGUCGUCACUAAGAUCGCAAGUCGGAACAUCGAAAUUCAUCGUGCGCUCUGCUUCGCCAACCAAAUUCAAUAACGACACGAUCAAAUAUUACGAACUGAAUUUGGAAUUAAAGUGUUUCAAAUAAAAUUGUUCAAUAUUCGUGAUGGUUUAAAGUUCAACGAACAGUCAAGGGAUUAUCUUCAAGUGGAAUAAAACAAAACAAAAAAAAUAACAACAAAAAAACACUCUUGUGUAAGAGUUAUAAAAUAAACGACGCAAAAAGUGUUAUCUUUUGUGAAGUAUUCAAUCGCAAAUGCAUUUCAAUGUUUUGAAUUAUGAAAAGUUAAAACAAAAUUAACAACGAAUCGGAAAAAAAAAGUUCAAAAAAGAUAUCAUCAAGUUCAAAUUAUAUAAUUGAAAAAUUGCAAUCUGAUUGAAAAAAAGAAGAAGGAAUCAAAGUAAAACAAGAAAAAAAAUGCCGCGACCAUCACGUGAAUCGUACGGUGAUCAGAAGCCACCGUAUUCAUACAUUUCACUGACCGCAAUGGCGAUUUGGAGUUCAACCGAAAAAAUGUUACCGCUCAAUGAAAUCUAUCGCUUCAUCACCGAUCGCUUCCCAUACUAUCGCAAGAAUACACAACGGUGGCAAAAUUCAUUGCGACACAAUCUCAGUUUCAACGAUUGUUUCAUCAAAGUACCACGGCGUCCAGAUCGGCCUGGCAAAGGAGCCUACUGGGCAUUGCAUCCGCAAGCAUUUGAUAUGUUUGAAAAUGGUAGUUUGCUACGACGAAGAAAACGCUUCAAAUUGCACAAAACCCAAAAGGAUAUUUUGAAUGACGAAUUGGCCGCUUUGGCAAAUAUAAAUCGGUUCUUCUUCCAACCAUCGUCCGAUCCAAUGAUGCCAAUGGACGAUCGCACCGAUAUUACUCCGGAUAUCUCAGCUCAAACGUCGCCAAGUAUUGCAUCACCAAAGCGACCUCUCACACCAGAAUCACCGCCAAUCAUCACCUCCGAGCCCAGCAUCACCACAAAUACACCCGCCAAAAUACAAACCGCAAAAUCGCGGCCAAAACGUGCAUUCACCAUCGAAAGUCUAAUAACCCCAGAUAAAAAGGCCGAUAAAGUCCAUCGUAAAAAUAGUGGCAAUACCAAUUUAACCAAUUCAAAUGAAAUUCGCUCACAACAUCAUCCGUUGCAACAGCGGCAAAAUUCUGUGCGAACCGUACCAACGCGAUUGCCACCAAUAAAUCAAGCAUUACCAUUACCAUCAUCGAUGCAUUCACCUCAUUGUCAUCCGCAUCUACAGCAGCAACAGCUUCAUGUUCAGCAUCAUUUAGAUUUGCCAAAAGAGAUCGGAAAUGUGGCAGCCGGCCUUCCGUUUUUGCCGUAUCCACCGCAUUCGAUGGGUUUCGAUUUAUCGCCAGCCGCCGUUUAUCCACUGCUUAUGAUGAAUCAGGCGGCAUUAACCAGUUUACAACCAUCGGCCGCUUAUUUCAACCAAAGUAUGAUGCAUCACACACUCAACUUACACCAUCAGCAACAGCAUCAUUUGAAUCCAAACCAUCCGGAAUCGCCGAUAUCGAAUCCACUGACUACUUUGCUCGAAAUGUGAUAUUAGAGUGUAUUUUUUUAUUUUUCGAAAAUUUGAUUAAUUUAGAUUAAUAUAUUCCGUGUUCCGUGAAUGGAUGCAGAUAGAGAAGAGAAAGGAAGAAAAAAAAAGAGAUGAAGGGAAGAAAGAGAGCGAGAGAGAGAGAGAGAGAGAGAGUGAUCGAUAAUUGCAAUUUAUGAGCACUUAAAUAAUAUGGAUUGUAUUAAAUAUUUCCCGCUUCACUAAUGAUAUAAUGAACUAAUUAUAUUGAAACAGCCAAUUCUUUUUGUGUGUUUUUUCGUACAGUAGAGAAUGGUCUUCAGAUUUCCAUAUUCUAGAACAGCAACUAAACUUGUUCGGAAUAUAUUCAUAUUCUGACAGGUAAACCCACCAAUUUGUAUGCGUAUUCUUUUUUCUAUUCAUUCAUUCGCAUGUCGGAAGUGAAAUCACUCAUAUUCAUCAUUGUGUCAGUUCAAUUUUCAAAUAGUUCGUGUCCAUUGGACGAGAAGAGUAUAGAAUUUUAUUAUUUAUUCGUGUCGAGAUAGAGAGAAGUCUGUUUUUAUUAGAGAGGAAGUGAACUUUUUUUUUUCAGAGAGGAAACAAAUACAUACACUCAUUCAGGAAUGCUAAUUUUUUUAGCUUGAUUACACUCUAUUAUUAUUAAUAAAUUAAUGAAUGAACAAAAUGGGCAAAAACAUUCAAAUGUAACAAAAUCCCAGUGUUUAAGCAUGUGAAUGUAAAUAAUUUGUAAAAUUUAGAAGCAACCUAUCUUGAUCUUAAUUAUCUUAUAUAAGAAUGAAACAAGAAGAAAACAAAGUUGCAAUAGCGAAUCAUCCAGGAGACAAACUGAUUUGUACUUAUUUAGCAAUUGAAAUUAGAGAAGAAUGUGUAAAUUGAAUUUAAACGAACAACCUGUGUCUAAUUUAGAAUUAUAGAGAAUACUAUUUGAAUGUUUAAUCACUCUUUAAAUAGCUCACUUAACGGAAGAAGCAAGCAAAACAAUAUGAGAUUAUUAUUAUUAUUACAAUGUAACGUGUAGUGGUUGAAUGAGAAUGCAUAAGUAGAGCCUAUUAUUCGAAUCAUUUAUCCCAAAAAAAAAAUCACACAAGAAAAAAAAAACGAAGAAAAAAAAGAGAGUAGAAAAACAACA